GGUUCGGGUGGGUUUGGGUCAGAGAACGGAAAUCGAUGGCUUUCUAGCGAGGUCCUUGCGCCGCUUCUCCCUCCAUUCUCGCCUUCCUCCCUCUCUCUCUCCCUUUCUGUCUUCCGAUUCGAUUCUGGUUGCCGUCUCUUUUUUCUUCUCUCAGGUCCGACAUUCAUUUCUGUUCCUUCCUCUUGGUGAUUCUAUCGGGGCUCCAAAAGGAGGAAAAAUGAUGCGGGCAGUGAUACAAAAAGUUGGCCGCAGCCAAUCAUCCACUGCUGGUUCUUUAUUGAGAAAUGGGCAGUUCUUGCAUAAAAUUUCUCCUGAACUGCCUAUGCUAGAGAGGAGUUUUUCUACUUUGUCAAAAGAGAGAUUGCUUCUUUUAAGAGGGUAUGAGCAUGUCAGAAAUUUCAGCUUUCAUUUAUCUGGAAGGCCAAUUGGUUGGAAGGUCACAAGCGAAUUUGGUGUAUUACUUAGAAGAGGUUCUUCAGAUGCCAGGUGGAGCAGAUCAUUUUCCUCAGAAUCAGGUGACUUGGUUGAUGCUGUUGUCCCUUAUAUGGGUGAAUCCAUUACUGAUGGAACACUAGCCACAUUUCUGAAGAAACCUGGAGAUAAAGUUGCAAUUGAUGAAACAAUAGCCCAAGUUGAGACAGAUAAGGUUACUAUUGAUGUUGCAAGCCCUGAAGCUGGGACAAUCCAGAGGUUUGUAGCUAAGAAAGGUGAUAUUGUUGUUCCGGGAACCAAGAUUGCUAUCAUUUCCAAAUCUGGUGUUGCUGAAUCAGAUGCUCCAACAAAAGAGGAGUCUCCCGAAGAUGUUCCACCACCACCCCCCUCUACAGCUGCACAAACAGUAGAAAAGAAGCAGCCAUCGGAGGGGCAUACUGUGGUGAAAUCUCCACCUUCUUCUCCACCAAUAUCUAAAACCUCACCUACUGAACCUCAGCUUCCUCCCAAGGAGAGGGAAAGACGAGUUCCAAUGACGAGAUUGAGGAAAAGAGUUGCAACCCGUUUGAAAGAUUCUCAGAACACUUACGCCAUGCUGACCACAUUCAAUGAAGUUGACAUGACAAACCUGAUGAAACUCCGAUCUGAUUACAAAGAUGCAUUCCUAGAAAAACAUGGUGUUAAGCUUGGAUUUAUGUCGGGAUUUAUAAAGGCUGCUGUUAGUGGCCUCCAGCAGCAGCCAAUAAUUAAUGCAGUCAUUGAUGGUGAAGACAUCAUUUAUCGCGAUGACAUUGACAUAAGUAUCGCCGUUGGUACUCCUAAGGGUCUCGUUGUGCCUGUUAUUCGGAAAGCCGAUAAAAUGAACUUUGCGGAGGUAGAAAAGGAAAUUAGUUCUCUUGCUAAAAAGGCCACUGAUGGAACAAUCUCAAUUGAUGAGAUGGCUGGUGGCACUUUCACAAUAUCAAAUGGUGGCGUAUAUGGAAGCCUUCUAAGUACACCCAUAAUCAAUCCUCCACAGUCUGCUAUACUCGGAAUGCACAGCAUUGUAAAUCGGCCAAUGGUUGUGGGUGGUAAUAUUGUUGGGAGGCCGAUGAUGUACAUUGCUUUAACAUACGAUCAUCGCCUUAUCGAUGGAAGAGAGGCAGUCUUUUUCUUGCGGCGCAUUAAGGAUGUGGUGGAGGAUCCUCGCAGGCUUCUUUUGGAUCUUUAAAUGCAGCCAAACAACAGUGGAACUUGUGAUACACAUGUUUUAAAUAUAAUUCUUGAAGGGUGCAAGCCACCUUGUAUGGUGAAAGUUUUGUAGCUUAUAAUGGUCUUAUUGCGUGAUGCUAGGCCGAUCAUAAAGUACCGGAUAUCAGUUUAAGUGCCUAAUCAAGGGCAUUUGUCGAGGUAUUUUCUUUUUUCCCCAUAAUUCAUCCAAGUUAAGAUUCCGUUGUAUACUUCUACAGUGGAAAACCAUUUACAGCAUACAAUUUUGUAUGCUGAACAUGCUUUUGAAUGUAAAACUAUGGUUGUUGGACCGUUCUGUGUA